AAUUUUUGGAGUUUUAAUUUUUUAGGAGUGAAACAUUUUGAAAAAUGGAAGACAUAUUGACUGAAGCUGAAGAAACGGCUGUAAAAGAGUUCAUUGCCAUUAUUAAAGAGUUACAUUUACAUAGCAAUGGGGAUAAAAAGACUUGGAAUAAAUCCACUGCUAUCAAGUUUAUGAUGGCCAGGAAAUUUGAUAUUUGUCGUGCUGUGGCUUUAUUUGAAUCACAUGAGGUGAUGCGAAGACGUGAAGGGUUAAUUAGAUUUGAUCCUACCAGUGAUACGUUAAGAAGUGAGCUGGAAACUGGAAAAUUUACAAUACUGCCUGUUAGAGACAACAGUGGUGCUGCUAUAGCUAUAUUUACUGCCAGCAAGCAUGUGCCAAUGGAAACAUCUCAUCAGAUCACUCUACAAGGUGUUAUAUACCAACUAGAUUGUGCUUUAGAGAGCAUAGAAACUCAGAGACGUGGAAUUGUAUUUAUUUACAAUAUGACAGGAUCAAGGUAUGCUAAUUUUGAUUAUGAGUUGAGCCAAAAGAUUUUAAAUUUACUGAAGGGUGGUUAUCCUGCUCGUCUGAAAAAGGUUCUUAUAGUUGCUGCUCCAUUGUGGUUCAAAGCACCAUUCCGAAUUUUCCAACUAUUUUUAAGAGAAAAAUUAAGAGAUAGAGUGUUUAUGAUAAGUGUCCCACAACUAUGCCUACAUGUUCCAAUUGCUUCGUUACCUUUGGAUUUGGGAGGUUCUUUCCAUGUUGACCACAAACUGUGGCUGCAACAUUGCUUAAAAUCUACCCUUAAUCGUAAGUCAGAAGAAACAUCUAACACACCAUUGAGUCCUAGUCCCAUUUUGAAUGGGACUUCUUUUAAUGGCAAUAUCACUGAUUUGAGUGCUUUCCAACUCCAAACUUUUAAUGACCUCGAGAUGGAUAUUGAUGAGACGAGUAGUGACCAUCAAAAUUCCAUUCAUGAGAAACACAAUUCUGAAGAAAGAGAAAAAGAGGUAGAAUACUUAAAGGAGAAUUUACUUCAAGAUGCAAUUAAAGAUUCAGAUGAGCCAUGCCCCUUGACACCUGAAUCUGUUGUGACAGAUUUCACUGAGGAAGAUGACAAUGAAAAGCAUUUGUCCAGUAGCUCUGCCUCUCUUUCCAUUUGGGAAGAUUCUGCUCAAUCAGACACUGGGGGAGGAAGAACUCUGGAGGAGUUCAUAGAAUACCUCCGUACUAAAGGUAGAAAAGGACUAUAUCAUGAAUAUGCAGAAUUCAAGGCUGCUCCACCUGAUGGAACAUUUGAAACAUCAAAGUUAAAAGCAAACCAGCCCAAAAACCGAUACACAGAUGUCCUCUGUUAUGAUCAUAGUAGAGUAAAGCUUCCUAUUAUGGACGAUGAUCCCAAUUCAGAUUAUAUCAAUGCAAAUUUUGUUGAUGGUUAUAAACAAAAGAAUGCCUUUAUCUCAUGUCAGGGCCCUCUUCCAAAAACAUUUGCGGAUUAUUGGCGCAUGAUCUGGGAUCAAGAGAGUCAUGUAAUUGUUAUGACUACCAAAACUAUUGAAAGAGGAAAAGUAAAGUGUGGUCAGUACUGGCCAGCUGAAGAAAAUUCAUUGCAAGAAUAUGGAGAGUUUGUGGUGUUCAACAAGAAAGUAGAGAAUUUCACCGACUAUAUAGUCACGAGUCUUGAGUUAACUAAUAGGAAACAAAAUACUUCACAAGAAGUUGCGCACAUGCAGUUUACGAGUUGGCCUGAUUAUGGAGUACCUCCUUCUGCAUUAGCUAUGUUGGACUUCAGAGAUAAAGUUCGAAUGAAACAAGAUGAAGCUGUUCGUUUAAUUGGUGUGCAUUGGCAGGGACAUCCUUUGGGGCCACCCAUUGUGGUACACUGCAGUGCUGGGAUCGGGCGUACUGGUACUUUCAUAACAUUAGACAUCAGUAUUAACCGACUUGAAGCAACAGGAUACAUUGAUAUUGUUAAAACUGUUGAAAAAAUUCGAUCUCAAAGGGCUUACAGUAUCCAAAUGCCAGACCAGUAUGUCUUCUGUCAUUUAGCAUUGUUAGAAUAUGCCCUGUGCCGUGGCUUGUUAGAAGAUGUGGAUCUUUCUGGCUUUAAUGAUGAUGAUUCUGAAUCAGAAUGAACUUUAAUUUUUAAAUUAUUUGUUUCAAAGAGAAAAAAAAAAAUAGUGCUUGUUACACUCUAAAUUGAAUCAUAAACUACUCACCUUGGACCUCAAGAUUUUAUUACAAACUCAUCAAUAUUCAUUAUUUGAAUUAAUAUUCUGCUUAUUUCACAUACUUUGAGUUUGGAAUUUUACUUGAAUGUACAAUUUUUUUACCGGGAUUAAUACUGUUUAAUGAAAUCUAAUCAAAAUGCCAUCUUAUUCAAACUUUCUGUAAUAAUUAUAAAUUUUAAUUCACUUAGUAUAUACUAAGAAUUGAUUUUCGAUUUUCAUUAGUAUUAUUACUAUUUUACUGACUGUAUUUAUUUUGUUUUUUGGUAGAUGUUUUGUUAGGAUUUGUUGCUUGUUAAAUGUUUAGCAUUGGUGGACAUUGUUACAUUGGUAUUUAACAAUUGUAAAUAUCCAAUGCAUUGUGUAUUUUUUAAAAAUAUUUUUCUAUGUUGAAAACUUACUGCUUUUAAUUUUUUUACAUUAGUUAUAAUGUGAGUGAAUUUCUAAUUCAA